AAAUCCUGGUUGAAUGCAUGUGAUGCUCCUCUACUGGACACUUCUCGUCGUCCUCAUGGUUUACCUUCUCAAAGAAUAACUAUAUUCAACUUCAACAGAUUUAAUACUAACCCAGAUUCAUCGAAAUGGUGGCGAAUUAGUCCUAAGUAAGAGGUCUACAAAUUAAGAAAACAAUUUAGAAUUUACAAUGGUUUAAACGAGGAUAUUAGAAAAAAUAAAAAUGGAUAAUUGGAAUUCGACAAAUUUAAGCGCAAAGGGUGAAUCCUAUCACAGCAACAAAGCGGACAUCAUCAAUAACGAACUGGUUCAAGUCAUAUUUUUUAUGAUCUACACGACUAUAUUUAUACUGGGAAUUUUUGGGAAUGUGCUCGUGUGUUAUGUCGUAUUUCGAAACAAAGCGAUGCAAACGGUGACGAAUUUAUUCAUCACGAAUUUGGCGUUAUCUGAUAUACUUCUAUGUGUGUUAGCUGUACCGUUCACCCCUCUGUACACAUUUCUGGGCAAAUGGGUGUUCGGAAGUGUUAUAUGUCAUUUAGUUCCAUACGCCCAGGGCGCUAGUGUCUAUAUUUCCACUUUAACUUUGACGUCUAUAGCAAUAGAUAGAUUCUUUGUCAUCAUCUACCCGUUUCAUCCUAGAAUGAAACUGUCUACUUGUAUCCUGAUCAUUUUUAAUAUCUGGUUGUUCUCUUUGUUAGUCACUGUUCCGUACGGUAUUUACAUGAAGCAGUACAAAGGUAUCCACAAUUCUUCAGUGUCUUACGAGGAAAAUAUUUUCUGCGAUGAAAAUUGGCCGAGCGAUCAAUGGCGUGGGCUAUUUGGCGGAUUAACCACAACCAUGCAGUUCGUGAUCCCCUUCUUUAUAAUGGCUUUCUGCUACAUCUGCGUCUCCUUUAAACUCAACGAUAGAGCCAGAUCCAAACCUGGUUCAAAAAACUCCCGCAAGGAAGAAGCAGAUCGCGAUCGAAAACGUCGCACCAACCGAAUGCUUAUUUCAAUGGUAGCAAUUUUCUUGAUGUCAUGGCUUCCCUUAAAUACGAUCAACAUUGUGAAUGAUUUCCACGAUCUAAACAACUGGAAAUACUAUUUGUUAAGCUUCUUUUUGGUUCACGCUUUGGCGAUGUCGUCUACUUGCUAUAAUCCAUUCCUAUAUGCAUGGCUUAACGAAAACUUCCGCAAAGAAUUCAAACAGGUGCUUCCUUGCUUCGAAGGUGCCAACAGAGUUGUCAACAAUGCAGGCAGGCUGGGCAACUGGAGGUCGGAAAGGACUUGCAACGGAAAUGAUACUCAACAGGAAUCUCUUUUACCUUCUGGAAUUCACCGGGCCGCUUCGGUAAAAGAGAAGAAACCGAUCCCACCACCCGCCAAAACCGAUAGCGUAGAAGUUGAAAAUGUUCUUGUGCCAAAUGUUGGAGCUGUAUACGAUUCUUUGGCCGACACGGUCCGGCUAAAGUACAUUACGGAGGAAGAACCUCCACCGUAUGACACUCCUCAACAACAACCACCAACACCACCACAACCACAAUGAAUUAAUUGAAUUUAUUUAUGUAUAUGUAUACAUAUAUCUGUACCUCAGAGCCAUCAGGAGUUAAGUCCAAAAAGUUAUAACUUUAUUAUGCGUGGCAGCCAUUUAAAGAUGAGCCGGUGUUUUAUUUUACUAUAUAACU